UUGUUUACUUGCAGGUGAUUCUAAAUCCUUUAAAGCCUCGCAUGUCUCUCUCCAAAGGUAUUUUAUCUAUCGUUAACAUCUGGGCACUGGCGUCUUGUUUCUCUGUGCCUCACGCUAUUUACCAGACGUUGUUUCACUACGUGUACAGAGAGAAGAUCAUCAGGAUUCAUUGCGUCCCCGCUUUUCCAAAGUCUUCAGAAGUCUUCAGAAGAUACUUCAACCUGUCAACCUUCACGCUGUUCUACGUCCUGCCGUUGGUGGUGAUCACCGUAGCCUCCUCCGCGGUGAGCAAGAAGCUAUUGGUGAGGGAAACCAUUGGUGCCGUCACAGAAGCUGAGGCCGCCGUUCAACGCUGCAGGAAGAAGAGGACCAUCAAGAUGAUCUUCAUCAUCAUGGCCUUUACCCUCUGUUGGUUCCCCCUCAACGUCUACACCGUCCUGCUCAUCGGCCAACGUGUCCAAUUCAACAACACCCUCUACUUUGCCUUCCACUGCGUGGCCGUGAGCAGCACCUGUUGGAACCCCUUCAUCUACUGUUGGAUGGACAACAGGUUCCGCUCCAACCUCAUGACCCUUCUGGCCAAGUGUGGGUGGAGAAGGAGGAGAGGAGGCAAGAUCCUGGUGCUCACCGCGGCCAGCGGAGACGGGAGGCAGGAUCUUGAAAUUGGAGUUUGA